UUGAGGCAUAUUUUAGUAAUUACUUUGAUAAGUUAAGUUCUGCUGUGCAUAAUCAUAAUACUCGUCUCUCCGAAGAUGGACACAACAGGUUCAAUACAAUGGCUAAGCCAUUUUCUGGUUGGUCAACAUUUAAUUUUAGGGGUGUGCAACUUUGGAAUUACUGCAUCCAUUGAGGCCUUUGAUAUUCAUAUUAUUGUUGGGGCUUAGGGGCUACUUAGGACAGUUUUGAAUUUGAAUGAUAUUUUUGGGCUUUAUGCAGAUUCGAAUUAUGCAAAAUAUCUUGAGGAAAUAUUUGAAGAUUGCAGAGUCUGGUUAAUCCGGGAUUACGGAUUGAGAUUGGGAUUGGGGAUUAAUUAAUCCUUAAUCCCAAUCCUCAAUCCGUAAUGUUUGACUUUUAAUCCCUAAUCCUCAAUCCCAAGUAGUUUGGAAAAAAUAAUUAAUCCUCAAUCCUAAUCCCGAAAGCCAUUGAUUAAUUUUAAUCCAAGAUGGGAUUAAAAUGGGAUUAAAUCAGCUCCACCUGUUGAAAAUUCUCAGAGACCUUGCCAAUUCUCCUUUUAUUUCAAUGAAAAAUAUGUUUCCCAUACCUACCAACUAUGUAUUUACGGCAAUUCUAUCAUUGUAUUUCACAAACAACAAUUCGAUAUUAUAAAACAAAUGCUCAUGUAUUUAAAAACAUUUGAUAAAACUUUAUCUGUUCAAGUUGAUUUUAGUUAAGUGCUGACUUAAUAAGUAAACUUACUUUAUGUGGCUAAUGUGCAGAGUACAUAUUCUUAUGGCCGUAUAAUAAUAACCUAUAGUGGCCAGUGGGAGUGCCCACUCACUCUCAAAUACUCUCAAUGAUAAUCAAAAGGAGGCUUGUCACUUAAGCGACAACUCGCACUUUAGGUCAUUAUUUAUACGGUCAUUAGGUUACGGUAGGAUUCAUAUUCAAUCACACUGUUUAGGGCUUAUCAAAAAAUUUAAUUAAAACAUUGGAAACAUUAACUAGAUACAAAUGUGAUCGACGAUAAAUACGAUUUUAAUCCCAAUCCGGGAUUAAAAUUGGACUAAAUUAAUCCUAAUCCCUAAUCCGAUUGAAUGCCUCGAGAGAUUUAAUCCCAAAUUAAUUUUAAUCCCGAGUUAAUUUAAUCCCUAAUCUCAAUCCUCAAUCCCGAAUUUUUUAAAAUCAAUCCCUAAUCCUAAUCAUUAAUCCCAUUUUCGUUAAUCCCAAGACUCUGGAAGAUUGUGGGAGCCGUGAAGAGAGAUAGGGAAUCCUGUUGCAGAUCUGCAAUGAGACGUGCACUAUCAACUAUGCUAUGCAGUCAGAUUCAUCUGUUGCGAACAUGUUGCGAAAUGCCUGAGCAGAGAAAGCUCUUCGCCCGCUUUCUACUCUGCCUGCGCUCCAUUCUCUCCUGUCAACUUGCAACCAGAUGAGUCAGCGAGCCACCGCUCGCACCUUCAACCGCGUUAGUACUGAAAUAAUAAUAAUUGACCAAUUAGUCCCUGUGAAACAUCAUGAGCAACUCCACAGUGCAGGCAUGGCUCAAAGACUCUAUCAACAUUAAACUUGACAAAAACUCAGACAUCAGCCUCCUACUUCGUGGUCCGCUUAGAAAUAUUUUGCUCUCUUUUCUCAUACCACGGUGCCGUUCGGAGGACGAAGUUGAUGUUAUCCGAUCAAACCUCUAUGUUCAUGGGCUUACCAAGUCAGAACCCCUCCUCAAUCUCAAUUACAACACGAAUGCAGAGUUGACCAGAAGACUGGCAGAGUUGGAACAUCGGAAACGUAUCGAACUCAACGCUGCGAUGCCGAAAAACAAUACGGACAAUGAUGAUUUUGAUCCUACUGAAGAGUGGAAUGUUCCCACAGAUAAAAAACAACUCAAGAAACUUAACAAUAUAAUUGGCUUUCUUGAUGGGACUACCAGCGAUCUCAAAGUAUUGCUGGAAACACAAAAUAUGGUAGUCCUUGAACAAGAGGAAGUACUUUCUCCUCCUGAAAAACUUUACCAACUUCAAGAGGAAGGUAUCAAGCUUUUCCAUUCCAUAUUUUUUGAAACAACGGCAACCCCUCAGGAUUUAGAAGACCUUAACCAGAGACUAGACUAUUUGUGCGAUCACUUUGUUGGGCGAUGGGAUAAGAAUAAUAAAGGCUUAAGUCAGAAACAAUUAGUGGUGUGGCAAAAGUCUGAGAUCAAGAAGGCAAAGGAUCUUAUGGACAAAUUUAAGGUGAAACUCGCACCCAAGGCGAGUCCCACUUUUGCUGAAGAUCUUCUCUCCGAGCUUUAUAAGAAUUUGUGCCGGGAACAUAUCGAUAUGUAUUCUCGUAAUGAACACCAGAAAUCCCACAUAGAAUCAAUCGAAACUAGUAGACUUGCAAAAUUGUCAGCAUUAACGGCGUCUGGUCAAUAUGAAGGAGAUAUAUCCCAUCCAAUGAAAUUGAUUUAUGAAAAACAGUUGAAGUGUCAGAUUAAGUUGCAUGCUGAGAGUAAGGCAGCUUCAGAAAUGACGCCCCAGGAAAAUAAUGGUGCUGCUGGCCCUGAGGUGAAAAAUUACUUGGGUUCUCAGGAAAGUGAAGUCCGUGAAAAUUUAAUUAACUGCCUACUUUGUAAUUAUCCCAAUAAAAGCACGAAGUUGGUGUCUACUAUCUGCCAAGCUGGACGGUAUUCAGAGUUUGUACAAGCACUCCGAUCACCAGCAGAUCGGCGAUCUGAUAACCCGGAAGCUAAUAGGACAACAACGACUACCAAUAAUAAUCCGGAAACCAAUAGAAAUUUUGAGAACAUGUUGCAUGCCUUGAAUCCAAACAGAGAAACAAUCUCGACCAAUUUUGCCCUUCGGUUUGCAAGUGACAAAUAAUUGUCAUCAAGAAACGAAAAUUAUACUAAAUAAUUGGCACUUCUUCUUAGCUUAUUAUUUAUGCAUAAACUAUUAUAUACAAUUAUUACUUUUAUAUAAAUUUUGUAAUUAAAUUCUCAAUCGCAUAUAAAAAUACCAUUUAUUCAACAGCUAAUUCCCAAUAAUAGUUUUUGUACACACAAUUUUACUACCAAAUAACUUAUUAUAUGUGUAGAUAUAAACGAGGUUAUUAUGCAACAAUAAUAAUACUGUUACAUUGCUAAACUGGA